AUGAAUAACAAUAAUCUCAAUUCCUUUAAAUAAUAUUAAACAUUCUCUACUUAUCAAUCUAGAACUAUAUUACCUGAAAAUAAUCUAUAAUCAAUCAAACUUUAAGAAUAUACCAGACCUGAAAUUUAGAGAAUCAAUUUAAAAAUAGAUUAAAUGCUUGAUACUUUAAAUUAAUACACUCCUUCUUUAAUGAAUCAUUAGAAAUAAUAAUAAGAAUCUAACUUUAAUAAUAAUAGCUAAUUAGAAACAUAACUUCCACCUUCUCAAUAUAAUUCAUUUAUUGGGAAACAAUAAAUUCCUCAAUCGUAAUAAUAACAAUAUUAAUCCUUAAAUUUUCAACCAAGAUAUUAAUCCCUAUAAUAUUCUCUAACUCCUUAAUAGACUUAAUUUUAAUACAAUACAAAUCUCAAAUAAGAAUUUGAUGAGUAUACUUAAUUUAAAGACUUCAUUAAAGCAAAAAAACUUGUACUUAAUACUAAUGCUCCUCUUUCCGAUUUAUAUAAAUAUUAUCUUGAAAAUGAUGUUUAUUCUAAAACUUAAUACUAUAGGUUUCAAGAGGAUAAAGUUAAUAAGAUUAUUUUAUAAAAAUGA